AUGGACAAUAUCAACUUCGACAUCAACGAUGCGCUCAAGCAUUAUAUGAGCGAUCCAGCUGCUAUUCCGACUCCUGAAGCAGAUGGCGCGCUUUUCGACUGCGAGAACGACCCAGAGGCUCUCACCAACGGCGUUAUCAACCCCGUGUUGAAUCCCAUCGUGGAUGCGGUUGCAGAGAAUCCCGAUGCCAUCACCAGGAGCGCGCAUUUUGACUCGCUCCAAUUCCUUCUAAAAUACACAUCCUUUCUUCCGACACACGCGUUGUCGAAGGUCUUUGACUUGAUCAUCUCGGGUCUCUCGACCGAAGCCGACAUCAUCCAUAACGAUCUCGAGUCUGACGAGCAGGAGCUGCUCUCGCAUCACAAGCAACUCCUCGAGAUCUAUGGCUUCCUUCUACAAUGGACCAUCGCCGCGGUCGAGACCAAGGCAGCAGAGAAGUCUUCCUCGGCGCCAGUCGCCCGCGGCCGCGGCAAGCCCAAGGGCAAGAAGGGUGCGGCAGACAAGGACAAGGAUGCCGUCUGGGACAGCGCCACCCAACUGCAGACUGCGCUCGAGACGAUGUGCAAGGUGCUACGCCUGAAGCUCGGGAAGAUCUUUCUCACAACAUCAGAGAGGGAUACAUUCAUCGGUCUGUUGACGCGACCAGUCUAUCUGGUCCUGGAAAGCGAGCAGCGGGUGAAGAAUACCUCGAUCCGCAUGCACGCUUUCAAGGUGCUCUGCAUUGCAGUGAAGCACCACGGUCAUGGAUAUGCUGCACAAAUCUCCAUUGUCCAGAACUUGACUUAUUUCGAGCAUUUGUCUGAGCCAAUGGCCGAAUUUUUACACAUCCUUGCUGAACAAUAUGACUAUCCCCAGCUCGCCGACGAGAUUCUUAGAGAACUCAGUAACAAGGAGUUCAACAGCAAUGACACGAAGGGACCCAAGUCAGUGUCGUCGUUCAUCGUGAAACUAUCUGAGUUGGCACCACGACUGGUGAUCAAGCAAAUGACGAUGCUAGCGAAGCAAUUGGACAGCGAGUCUUACACGCUGCGUUGCGCCUUGAUAGAAGUGUGUGGCAAUAUGCUCGCAUACCUGAGCAAGCAGGAAGAGCGAGGAGAAAAUUACAAGUCACAGCUCAAUGCUUUCUUCGAUGUAUUGGAGGAGCGUUUCCUGGACAUCAACCCUUACUGCAGAUGCAGGGCUAUCCAGGUUUACGUGAAGUUGUGCGAUCUUGAGCAAAAGUUCCCCAAGAGGCGACAGAAGGCUGCCGAGUUAGCCUGCCGCAGUCUUGAAGACAAGAGCAGCAAUGUGCGCAGAAACGCUAUCAAGCUUCUUGGAUCCUUGAUCAAGACGCACCCCUUCACCGUCAUGCACGGGGCACAGCUUUCAAGGAAGGACUGGCAGGAGCGGCUAGAUAAGGUUGAGAGCGAGCUUCAAUCUCUGAAGCCGCCUGCUGGUGCACCUGAUCUGGGUGACAAGGGCAACACGACUGUCGACAAUGAGCUCCUGGAUGACGCUACACAAAUUGAGUCACCCAAGAAACAGUCUACCGAGAUGACAGAGGAGGAAAAGAUCGCUGCCAUCCGAAAGGCACAAGAGGAGGCAGCGACCUCAGAGGCGAUCGAGAAGCUGACUUUGACCAAGCGUUACUACACCGAGGCACUUAAGUUCAUUGAUGUCCUCCACGAGGCUACGGGGACUGUCUGCCAGCUUCUUGGCUCCAAGAACAAAAGUGAGGUCAUUGAGGCUAUGGAGUACUUCGAGAUUGGCGAUGCAUACAAUAUUGAGCAGAACAAGGUCGGAAUCAGGCGAAUGCUUCGCCUAAUCUGGACCAAGGGCAACAGCGACGAAGGAAAGGGCGUACAGACUCAUCUUAUUGAGUGCUAUAAGCGUCUCUUCUUCGAGGCUCCUGACUCCUUCAGCCCGAAUGAUGCCGCGAACUACAUCGCCCGAAAUAUGAUCAGUCUGACAUUUGGCGCUACACCGGCUGAGCUGACAUCCCUUGAGCAGCUCCUCAGUACGAUGAUGAAGGGUGGCAUGAUCCCAGAUAUGGUUAUUGCCAAACUUUGGCAAGUCUAUGGUGUUCAGAAGCGAGAGAUUUCACGUACCCAGCGACGAGGUGCCAUCAUCGUGCUCGGCAUGCUUGCUACCGCCAACCCGGAGAUUGUUGUUGGAGAGAUGGAGACUAUGCUACGGACUGGUCUUGGUUCUCAUGGGCGGGCUGACUUGCAGCUUGCGAAGUUCACUUGUGUCGCUCUGCGCCGCAUUAACCCAACAGGUCGCCAGGCAAAGGAAUCAGCUGUGAAAUUCUCUAGGCUUCCCAACGAUCACGCUGUACUUGUAAAACUGGCGGCUAUCACCGAUGUUCCUUCUGACAGCAAGGAAUGGUACGGUGUUGCGGAGCAGGCAAUCAACGCCAUUUAUGCUAUUUCUAAGCAUCCGGAUGUGCUCUGCUCUGAAAUCAUUCGACAUAAGACGAAGCAGGUGUUCUCCCGACAGGGCUCACGCCCGAGCUCUCGUGACGAGACGAAGGGUGACUUCCUGACUGAGAACGCGGAUGUAGGCCAGACUACGGUUAUCGGCCCUCAGUCGCAACAAGAGCAAGCUUCAAAGCCAAAGCGUGACAACGCGAUUGCGCUAUCUCAACUUCUCUUCAUCGUGGGUCAUGUUGCCAUCAAGCAGAUUGUUCAUCUAGAGCUUUGCGAGCUGGACUUCAAGCGCAGAAAGCAAGAGAAGGAGAAGACUGCGGCCGCUGCCAAGGCUGCAGCAGCCGAGUCUCGUCGCUCAAGCAAGAAUGACAAGUCUACCGCAGAGAAGGAAGAAGCCGACGAGCUUGACCUCAUUGGUGGUACUUCGGAGGAUGACUUCACUGAGGCCAUGCAACACAUUCGCGAGCGUGAGCUGCUAUACGGGCCUAACAGCCUGCUAGCAGUAUUCGGGCCAUUGGUCAGCGAGAUAUGUGCCAACAAUGUCGCCUACAAGGACAAGGGUUUACAGGCUGCGGCUACCCUUUGCUUGGCGAAGUUGAUGUGUGUGAGCUCGGAGUACUGCGAGGCCAAUCUUCCCCUGCUCAUCACAAUCAUGGAGCGCUCCACGGAUGCUACUGUCCGGUCUAACGCUGUCAUUGCUCUUGGUGACAUGGCAGUCUGCUUCAACCACCUCAUUGAUGAGAACACAGACUUCCUCUACCGUCGUCUUGCCGACCCCGAGCCGUCUGUUAAGCGAACAUGUCUCAUGACCUUGACAUUCCUCAUCUUGGCUGGUCAGGUCAAGGUCAAGGGACAGCUUGGAGAGAUGGCCAAGUGCCUCGAGGACGAAGACAAGCGUAUUGCCGAUUUGGCGCGCAUGUUCUUUACGGAGCUCAGCACCAAGGACAACGCUGUGUACAACCACUUUGUGGACAUGUUCAGCUUGCUGUCUGCCGAGAAGAAUCUGGAAGAGGAGAGUUUCAAGAGAAUUGUGCGAUUCCUGCUUGGAUUCGUUGAGAAGGACAAACAUGCCAAACAAUUGGCUGAAAAACUGGCCGCUCGUCUCGCUCGCUGCGAAACAGAGAGGCAGUGGAACGAUGUCGCUUUUGCGCUGGGCUUGCUCCAACACAAGAGCGAGGACAUCACGAAGCUUGUUUCAGAAGGAUUCAAGCUCGUUCAAAUUGCCGCUUAG